AUGCUUAAAAGUCAAAACAUUGCAACGAAUUUAGUUGGAAAAUAUGUUAGAAAAUCAGUUAGUGGCGCCCUACUUUUUCCCCCUCCACGCGUUAGGCUUUUUGUGCAACCACCUGAUGGAGUCUUGUUCCACGAAUUCUUCCACCAUUUCUUUUUCUCUUUUUCUCUCUUUCAAACCCAUAUCACACGCCUUGACUUUGAUUUUGACUUUAGAUUUUGUAAAUCCUCUAAAACCCUUCAUUUCUACAAACCCAUUAAGUCUAAGACUAAACCCAAUCACAUAAAUGCAGAAGAAUUUCUUGGCCUAAAUUCAAUUGAUCGUGUUUUAUGGAGUUUGAAUUGACCCUGAACAGUUAUCCUUUCUUAAAUUUUGUGGGUACUUCUUAGUUACUAUAAGGUCUUAGUUUUUGAUAGAUAAUUACAAAUUGAGGUUUCUGGCAUUGGUCAAUUACAUAAUUACAAAAGUUGUUUUUUAUGCACAUAAACUGUUUGAUACUUUGUUUCAGAGAAUUUUCUGUAAGGAAAGCAUUCAGAAGGGUUAAUGGCAAAGCAAGACGACCGCCUUUUGUUUCAUCUCUGUUGCCUAGAAGACCAUCACAAUUUGACGACAAAGAAUCUACCAUAUCUGCAAACAAAGGCAGUGAUCAUGCCAUCAAGCAACAAGCUUUUACUUUUCAAGAGCUAGCUGAUGUGACAGAGAACUUCAGUCCAGAGCAUCUUGUGGAUGUAGGCAAUUUUGGAAAAAUCUACAGAGGGAAACUUAAAGAGACUGGAGAGAUCAUAGUUGUCGAGCAACUAGACAGAUAUGGAUCACGAGGACAGAGAGAAUUUCUUUUACAGGUGAUGAUGCUGAGCUUCCUCAAUCAUCCAAAUUUAAUCAAUCUUAUAGGAUAUUGUACGGAGGGAGAUAAAAGAUUUUUAGUGCAUGAAUAUCUGCCUUUGGGGUCCCUGGACCAGCAUCUACAUGACAGACCAUCCAAGCAAAAGCCCUUAGAUUGGUAUACAAGAAUGAAAAUUGCUCUGGGGAUUGCUAAGGGUUUAGAAUAUAUGCACCAUAAUGCCAGCCCUCCAGUCAUCUACCGCAAUCUGAAACCCUCCAACAUCUUACUAGACAAAAAUUUUAAAGCUAAGCUCUCUGACUUUGGGCUAUCUAAACUUGGACCUUCUGGUGAAAAGAAGUAUGUUUCUACAAGUGUAGUUGGUACUUAUGGAUACAUUGCACCAGAGUACCAAAAAACAGGUUUUUUGACUAUGAAAGCAGAUGUAUAUAGCUUUGGAGUGGUUUUACUGGAGUUGGUGACAGGGCGAAGAGCUGUUGAUAUCACAAAACAGACCAAGGAGCAAAAUUUGGUCUCUUGGGCACAUCAGAUAUUGAAGGAACCAAGUAAGUUUACAGAGUUAGCUGACCCUGCUCUUCAGGGGAAUUUCCCAGCAAACGGAUUCAACCAAGCACUUGCGGUGGCAGCUAUGUGUCUUCAAGAAGAACAAACUGCUCGACCCAUGAUGAGUGAUGUGAUCACUGCCAUAAUGUACCUCUCAUCAGGCAACCUAGAUGACAGCAUACAUUCUCCUCCUCCCGAACCUGUAUAGAACAUAAUAGUAUGGUGAAUGUUGUCAAUGAAUUUGAUCAUGGAAAAUAGUGUUGCAGAGCACCAGCACUAGUUCAUCUGAUGAAGUGAGCAUCAUUCCGACUGAGCAGAUUGUAAAUAUAGUUUCUCUCUCUUCCAUUCUCUUUUCAGAUUGCCUCUUGUGUAUAAACUUGUUAGGAAAAUUGGGGCGAUAUUACCCUGCUAAAUAUAUCUAAUUAUGUAUUAUCGCCCCCUUUUAUACUCAGUAAAAUUUUGGUGUUAUUUUUCUUUUGUCAAGUAGCCUUUAGAAACAAGUAAGAACAAUGGGGGUGAUGCUUGUCUUUUUUCUUGCUUGUUAUUGGUCUAUUUUGCCAAUGAGGGCGAUAACCAUUUCAAGUACUCUGUAUUAACUUAUCAUCCCUCAAAGAAAGAUUUUGUUAGAUGUGAUUGAUUCAUUUUUCAAUUUCAAUAUAUUACUAAUCCUUGAUUCCCUGUAA